AUGAAGGAUUUAAAACGUCUGAGUGGCGCCGAUGCUCCCGAGGCCGGCGCAUCCACCGUCUCGACGCCGGUGUCAGCGGCUGUGUUUACGCCUGUGUCAGCGGCUGUGUAUGCGCCUGUGUCAGCGGCUUGUAAACGCGCCUUGCUCCUGGUGUGUGUGGCGUCUGCGGCGGGGGGUCAGGACGGCCCUCACUUCUCCCCCUCCCUCCCCACGUACCUCCCGGCCCAGUGCCAGCUGAGCGGCGCUGACUCCGCCUUCUUCCUGCGGGAGGCGGGACAGGACGUGAUGCGCAACGGGAGCCUGUCCUCGCGCUCCGAGCCCUUCCUGCUGCAGCGGCUGGAGGCGGGGCUUAGCGCGCCGCACGCUCUGCCGUCCGUCAACUGUAGCUACGGCAACAUGAGCGCGGAGCAGCCCGUCCCACUGGAGCUGCUGCAGGGGCCCCAGCUCAGCCUCGGCACCAGCCACGUCACCCUCAACUGGAGGGUCCGCGGCCACAUCGUCCUGCCCAAGGUCGGGUCGGCGCGUCCGUGGAUACAGGUACGGGCUCAGUGGUACGGGCUCAGUGGUACGGGCUCAGUGGUACGGGCUCAGUGGUACGGGCUCAGUGGUACGGACUCAGUGGUACGGACUCAGUGGUACAGACUCAGUGGUACGGACUCAGUGGUACGGACUCAGUGGUAUGGACUCAGUGGUACGGACUCAGUGGUACGGACUCAGUGGUACGGACUCAGUGGUACGGUCUUAGUGGUACGGACUCAGUGGUACGGACUCAGUGGUACGGACUCAGUGGUACGGACUCAGUGGUACGGACUCAGUGGUACGGACUCAGUGGUAUGGACUCAGUGGUACGGACUCAGUGGUAUGGACUCAGUGGUACGGACUCAGUGGUACGGACUCAGUGGUACGGACUCAGUGGUACGGACUCAGUGGUAUGGACUCAGUGGUACGGACUCAGUGGUAUGGACUCAGUGGUAUGGACUCAAUGGUACGGCCUCAGUGGUACGGACUCAGUGGUACAGACUCAGUGGUACGGAUUCAGUGGUACGGACUCAGUGGUACGGUCUUAGUGGUACGGACUCAGUGGUAUGGACUCAGUGGUACAGACUCAGUGGUACGGACUCAGUGGUACGGGCUCAGUGGUACGGACUCAGUGGACCAGUGCAGGACCUCUCAGGGACCUCUGACCAUGUGUCCUCUCCCCAGGUCCUGUUCUACCUGGUGGGACGGCGCUGGGACGAGCCCGACCCCCUCCCGCUCGACCUGCUCCCGUGCGUGCGAGCGGUGGCCGUGCGGGACCCCUCUGACUCCUCCCCCUCCGCGGGCUGCCGUCUGGUCGGACCCUCGGGUCUCUGCGUGGUGCGCCUGGAGAUCCCCCCGGCCUGGUUCUCCCCCCAGCACGCCCGCCGUCGCCCCCCCGCAGAGGCCACCCUUCCCUCCCUGGACGUCUACUACUCCAUCGUCCCGGCAGAGGGCCCCGGUCCGGACUGUCCCGCCGUGGUCAACGAGGCCUGGAAGAGUCCCAAUGUAGGACCGCUGGGAGGGCUGGGGCUGGGGAUGGGGCUGGGGGGGUCCUGGAGCUCGCUGGGGGAGGGGGGACUUCAGGAUAUGCAGAAGAUUGGCUCCGUGGUGAUGUCCGUGGGCCCAGUGUCGGUCAAAGGAGACCGGCUGCGGCUGGACGAGAACGUGGAGGUCCUAGUGCCCCCCAGUCCGGUGCGGCUGGGGAAGACGGUGGCGUUUGGAGUCUACAUGACCACGGAGUCGGCGGUGGAGCAGUUCACGCUGAGCCUCCAGAGGUUGAUGGCUGUCACCUUUGUGUACCCAGGAGUCACAAAUGCAAAUAACAGCCUCAUGAAUAUUCAACAGGGCACAGGAGACGAGGAGAAGGAACCACAGAGAAGGAGAAGCACGAGAGAGGCCUGA